CCCUCAACUAGUUGGCAUUCAUCCCAUCCUUUAUAGUGAUGAUACAGGACAAAGAGGAAUGGAUAAAAACAUUGGCGAGCAACUCAACAGAGCAUAUGAAGCCUUCCGACAAGCGUGCAUGGACAGAGACUCGGCGGUAAGGGAGCUACAGCAAAAGACUGAGAACUAUGAACAAAGAAUACGCGAGCAACAAGAACAGCUGUCAUUUCAACAAACUCUUAUUGACAAGCUAAAAUCACAGCUACUUCUGGUGGAUUCCAGUCGAGAUAACAGUUGUGGCUGUGUACCUUUGCUUGAAGACAGUGAAAAAAGGAAGAAUAAUUUGACUCUUGAUGAACCACGUGAUAAAGUGAAACUAGGAACACUGAGAGAUAAGCAGUCAAAGGGGAGAAGACAAGUUUCUUCUGGAAAAGAGCCCUCAGCGGAUCUCAGCCUUCCUUCACAUCAUCACAGGGAUAAUAUAGAGAAGACUUUCUGGGACCUUAAGGAAGAAUUUCAUAGGAUAUGCUUGCUAGCAAAAGCACAGAAAGACCACUUAAGCAAACUUAAUAUACCAGAUAUUGCAACUGACACACAGUGCUCUGUGCCCAUACAGUGUACUGAUAAAACAGAUAAACAAGAAGUGCUAUUUAAGCCCCAGGCUAAAGAUGGUAUAAACAGAGGUACACCGUGUAUCGCAUCUGUUACACCGAGAGGACUGGGCCGAGAUGAGGAGGACACCUCUUUGGAAUCACUUUCUAAGCUCAAUGUCAAGUUUCCACCCAUGGACAGUGACUCUGCUUUCUUACAUAGCACUCCAGAGACACCCAGCAUCCUUACUCCUGACACAUCUGAGUCUGUGUGCCAGGAUACAUUUAAUAUGGAAGGCAGAGACAACCCAGGAAACUUUGGUAAAACAGAAGAAACUUUAUUUGAAAUUCGGGGAAUUGACCUCAUGACUUCAGCUAUACAAAACCUUAAAACAACUGACAAAACAAACCCUUCAAAUCUUAGAGCUCCGUGUUUGCCAGCUGGAGACCGUAAUGUGUUCUAUGUAAACACAUUCCCACUUCAGGACCCGCCUGAUGCACCUUUUCCCUCACUGGAUUCCCCAGGAAAAGCUGUCCGAGGACCACAGCAGCCCUUUUGGAAGCCCUUUCUUAACCAAGACACUGACUUAGUGGUACUAACUGGUACAGACGCGGAACUCCUUAAACCUCAAGUGUGUGAAUUCUGUCAAGAGCCUUUCCCACCGUCCAUGACUUCCAGGGGGGAUUUCCUCCGGCAUCUUAAUUCACACUUUAAUGGGGAGACUUAGGGCACAUUUGAAAACAGACAUAGCAGGCUCUCUGUGAUGUUCUGGAUUUGUAAUGCUGGAGAAUACUUGCUUUUAAGCUAAAUUUAAGAUGGUUUAUAAAAGAAAUUCAGUGUCAUUGCUAUUUGAAUAUUUUUCUAAACUUGUUACUUGUCUUUUA